UCAUGCUUAUUCUUUUUUUUUUUUUUUUUUUUUUUUUUUGGAGCUGAGGACCAAACCCAGGGCCUUGCGCUUGCUAGGCAAGUGCUCUACCACUGAGCUAAAUCCCCAGCCCCCUCGUGCUUAUUCUUUAGUUGGGCUUUGUUUACUGAAAUAUUCCAGGCCCCACAUACAUGUUCUUCCCUAUGCACUCUUUCAGGUCCACAGUCCAUGCCAGCCAAGCUCUGCAGUGCCCUGAAGAAGUAGGAGCUUUCUGAGCACUCUUGUCACACCUUUAGAGCGCUUGAGCUUUCGCUGCCUUCUAUAACCCCUGACUCUCAGUUGCUGCUUCUGUCAGUUACACCCUGUGUUCUCAUCAACGACUCAAUAGGAAGAUGUGAUAUCCGAAGCAGUCCCCUCCCUGAAUCCUUCCGUUACCCUCCAACAAUGCCAUGUGGCUUACACAUUCUAAUUCAUCAUGACUGUGAAAAAAGUGACAUCAGUAGGAGGUGACAGAUACGUUACCUUCCAUACUUUGCUUAGCAAAGGCAGGUGAGACAAACUCUCAGACAGUGGCUAGCAAUGACUUCAGCUGUAAUAGGCCCCCUCUGACAUCUUCAAAUUCACAGAAUAGAUAGGCACAGGACCAAAAAAACCAACAGACUCAAAGCAGUUUUCUUGGUAGGAAGGAAAGUCAUUCAACAUGAGCUUUAAGAGCAUUCGUUUCCCAGGCCUUCAGGGACAGUACAGAACACAGUCCUCAGAGAAUAUAAACAACAAAUCACUGAGAACUGCCAUGCACCUCCAUUAAUUACACCUCUAGUAAUACUAGUCGCCUGAUGCUAUCCGACACUGGUCUGGCACUCACUGUGUGGUAGUCACUCAGCUAAAGUGCGGUGUCCAUGCUGUUCACCCACGACUCUGGGAGACGGGCAGACAGGAACCUGUGUUAUACAGGGAAGCUUGAGGGGGGAGCUGCACAUGGCCAAUGGAACUCUAGGACCCAACUCCUGAUUCUGUCUAUCAGAAACAAUCACUACUGCUAAGCCAUCCACUGAUAUACGUGUCCUCACUGAUUCAAGAAAUGCUUAUCAAGUUCCUUAUGGUCAGUUACUUGGAAUAUUUAAGUAAACAAAUUACAGCCAAAGAUAAACAUGAGUCAAGAGGGUAUGCUCUAUAGAUUCACAGUUCACAAAUAAGGUAGAAAAUACCUCUAAAAGAGAAGUUGUUUCCUGCUUGUGUUGGGCCUUCUAUAUCUUGCCCUGGGAUAAGAACUUUUGACUUGAUUAGGAAUUGGGUAAAGUAGGCAUAUGAUCAUUAUUUCUAGUGGUAGUCUGGCUAGGAGAGAAAACCGAAAAUGUGUGGAAAAGGUUUUCCACUUAUACCCAGUGGACAUUAAAGAAGACCCAGUUCAUUAUAGGCAAUGGGAAGUCUUGAACAACCGAAAAAUUGAGAAAUAUGAAGUUACAAGAGCAAGUCAAUACCUACGCAGAAGGUUAUGUGAAACCAUUUGUGGGAACGCCAUUAUUGCAGCUCUUUAAAUUUUUUUUAUCUUUAUUAAUUUGGGUAUUUCUUAUUUACAUUUCGAUUGUUAUUCCCUUUCCUGGUUUCCAGGCCAACAUCCCACUAACCCUUCUGCCUCCCCUUAUCUAUGGGUGUUCCCCUCCCCAUCCGCUCCCCAUUACCGCCCUCUCCCAACAAUCACGUUCACUGGGGGUUCAGUCUUGGCAGGACCAAAGGCUUCCCCUUCCACUGGUGCUCUUACUAGGAUAUUCAUUGCUACCUAUGAGGUCAGAGUCCAGGGUCAGUCCAUGUAUAGUCUUUGGGUAGUGACUUAGUCCCUGGAAGCUCUGGUUGCUUGGCAUUGUUGUUCAUAUGGGAUCUCAAGCCCCUUCAAGCUCUUCCAGUCCUUUCUCCGAUUCCUUCAACGGGGGUCCCGUUCUCAGUUCAGUGGUUUAGUGAUGGCAUUCACCUAUGUAUUUGCUGUAUUCUGGCUGUGUCUCUCAGGAGCGAUCUACAUCCGGUUCCUGUCAACCUGCACUCCUUUGCUUCAUCUAUCUUAUCUAGUUUGGUGACUGUAUAUGUAUGGUCCACAUGUGGGACAAGCUCUGAAUGGGUGUUCCUUCUGCUUCUGUUCUAAACUUUGCCACCCUGUUCCCUGCCAAGGGUAUUGUUGUUCCCCUUUUAAAGAAGGAAUGAAGCAUUCGCAUUUUGGUCAUCCUUCUUGAGUUUCAUGUGUUCUGUGCAUCUAGGGUAAUUCGAGCAUUUGGGCUAAUAUCCACUUAUCAAUGAAUGCAUACCAUGUGUGUUUUUCUGUGAUUGGGUUACCACACUCAGAAUGAUAUUUUCCAGUUCCAUCCAUUUGCCUAUGAAUUUCAUAAAGUCAUUGUUUUUGAUAGCUGAGUAAUAUUCCAUUGUGUAGAUAUACCAGAUUUCCUAUACCCAUUCCUCUGUUGAAGGGCAUCUGAGUUCUUUCCAGUUUCUGGCUAUUAUAAAUAAAGCUGCUAUGGACAUAGUGGAGCACGUGCCUUUGUUAUAUGUUGGGGCAUCUUUUAGGUAUAUGCCCAAGAGAGGUAUAGCUGGGUCCUCAGGUAGAUCAAUGUCCAAUUUUCUGAGGAACCUCCAGACUGAUUUCCAGAGUGGUUGUACCAGUCUGCAAUCCCACCAACAAUGGAGGAGUGUUCCUCUUUCUCCACAUCUUCGCCAGCAUCUGCUGUCACCUGAGUUUUUGAUCUUAGCCAUUCUCACUGGUAUGAGGUUAAAUCUCAGAGUUGUUUUGAUUUGCAUUUCCCUUAUGACUGAAGAUGUUGAACAUUUCUUUAGGUGUUUCUCAGCCAUUCGGCAUUCCUCAGUUGUGAAUUCUUUGUUUAGCUCUGAACCCCAUUUUUAAUAGGGUUAUUUGUCUCCCUGCAGUCUAACUUCUUGAGUUCUUUGAAUAUUUUGGACAUAAGCCCUCUAUCUGUUGUAGGAUUGGUAAAGAUCUUUUCCCAAUCUGUUGGUUGCUGUUUUGUCCUAACAACAGUGUCCUUUGCCUUACAGAAGCUUUACAGUUUUAUGAGAUCCAAUUUGUCGAUUCUUGUUCUUAGAGCAUAAGUCAUUGGUGUUUUGUUCAGGAAAUUUUCUCCAGUGCCUAUGUGUUAAAGACUCUUGCCCACUUUUUCUUCUAUUAGUUUGAGUGUAUCUGGUUUGAUGUGGAGGUCCUUGAUCCACUUGGACUUAAGCUUUGUAUAGGGUGAUAAGCAUGGAUCGAUCUGCAUUCUUCUACAUGCUGACCCCCGGUUAAACCAGCACCAUUUGCUGAAAAUGCUGUCUUUUUUCCAUUGGUGGUUUUGUCUCCUUUGUCAAAAAUCAAGUGACCAUAGGUGUGUGGGUUCAUUUCUGGGUCUUCAAUUCUAUUCCAUUGGUCUAUCUGUCUGUCUCUAUACCAAUACCAUACAGGUUUUUUUUAAAUCACUAUUGCUCUGUAAUACUGCUUGAGUUCAGGGAUAGUGAUUCCCCUGGAAAUCCUUUUAUUGUUGAGGAGAGUUUUAGCUAUCCUGUGUUUUUUGUUAUUCCAGAUGAAUUUACAAAUUUUUCUGUCUAACUCUCUGAAGAAUUGGUUUGGUAUUUUGAUGGGGAUUGCAUUGAAUCUGUAGAUCGCUUUUGGUAAAAAUGGCCAUUUUUACUAUAUUAAUCCUGCCAAUCCAUGAGCAUGGGAGAUCUUUCCAUCUUUUGAGAUCUUCUUCAAUUUCCUUCUUUAGAGGUUUGAAGUUCUUAUUGUACAGAUCUUUCACUUGCUUGGUUAAAGUCACACCAAGGUAUUUUAUAUUAUUUGGGACUAUUAUGAAGGGUGUCUUUUCCCUAAUUUCUUUCUCGGCUUGUUUCUCUUUUGUGUGGAGGAAGGCUACUGAUUUAUAUGAGUUAAUUUUAUACCCAGCCAUUUGCUGAAGGUGUUUAUCAGGUUUAGUAGUUCUCUGAUGAAACUUUUGGGAUCACUUAAAUAUACUAUCAUAUCAUCUGCGAAUAGUGAUAUUUUGACUUAUUCUUUUCCAGCCUGUAUCCCUUUGAUCUCCUUUUGUUGUCUGAUUGAUAUGGUUAGAACUUCUUGAACUGUAUUGAAUAAGUAGGGAGAGAGUGGACAGCUUUGUCUGGUCCCUGACUUUAGUGUGAUUGUUUCAAGUUUCUCUCCAUUUAUUUUAAUAUUACCUACUGGUUUGCUGUAUAUGGCUUUUACUAUGUUUAGGUGUGGGCCUUGAAUUCCUAUUCUUUCCAGGACUUUUAUCAUGAAGGGGUGUUGAAUUUUGUCAAAUGCUUUCUCAGCAUCUAAUGAAAUGAUCAUGUGGUUUUUAUCUUUCAGUUUGUUUAUAUAGUGGAUCACAUUGAUGCUUUUCUGCAUAUUAAACCAUCCCUGCAUGCCUGGGGUGAAGCCUACUUGAUCAUGAUGGGUGAUUGUUUUGAUGUGCUCUUGAAUUCAGUUUGCAAGAAUUUUACUGAGUAUUUUUACGUCGAUAUUCAUAAGGGAAAUUGGUCUGAAAUUCUUUUUCUUUGUUGGGUCUUCGUGUGGUUUAGGUAUAAGAGUAAUUGUGGCUUCAUAGAAGGAAUUUGGUAGUGAUCCAUCUGUUUCAAUAUUGUGCAAUAGUUUGGAUAGUAUUGGUAUUCUAUGAAAGUCUGAAAGAAUUCUGCAGUGAACCCUUGUAGACCUGGGCUCUUUUUGGUUGGGAGACCUUUAAUGACUGCUUCUAUUUCUUUAGAUGGUAUGGGGUUGUUUAAAUGGUUUAUCUGUUCCUGAUUUAACUUUGGUACCUGGUAUCUGUCUAGGAAAUUGUCCAUUUCCUCCAGAUUUUCAAGUUUUGUUGAAUAUAGGCUUUUGUAGUAGGAUCUGAUGAUUUUUUGAAUUUCCUCUGAAUCUGUAGUUAUGUCUCCCUUUUCAUUUCUGUUUUUGUUAAUUUGGACACACUCUCUGUGUCCUCUCGUUUGUCUGGCUAAGGGUUUAUCUAUCUUGUUGAUUUUCUCAAAGAACCAGCUUUUGGUUCUAUUGAUUCUUUCUAUGGUCCUUUUUGUUUCUACUUGGUUGAUUUCAACUCUGAGUUUGAUUAUUUCCUGCAGUCUACUCCUCCUGGGUGUAUUUGCUUCUUUUUGUUCUAGAGCUUUUAGGUGUGCUGUCAAGCUGCUGACAUAUGCUCUUUCCUGUUUCUUUCUGCAGGCACUCAGCGCUAUGAGUUUUCCUCUUAGCAUAGCUUUCAUUGUGUCCUAUAAGUUUGGGUAUGUUGUACCUUUAUUUUCAUUAAAUUCUAAGAAGUUUUAAUUUCUUUCUUUAUUUCUUCCUUGACCAGGUUAUCAUUGAGUAGAGCAUUGUUCAACUUCCAUGUAUAUGUGGGCAUUCUUCCCUUAUUGUUGUUGAAGACCAGCUUUAGCUAGUGGUAGUCUGAUAGGACAUAUGGAAUUAUUUCUAUAUUUCUGUAUCUAUUGAGGCCUGUUUUAUGAUCAAUUAUAUGGUCAAUUUUGGAGAAAGUACCAUGAGUUGGUGAGAAGAAGGUAUAUCCUUUUGUUUUAGGAUAGAUUGUUCUAUAAAUAUCUGUUAAGUCCAUUGGGUUCAUGACUUCUCUUAGUCUGUGUCUCAGUUUAAUUUCUCUUUCCAUGAUCUGUCCAUUGAUGAGAGUGGGGUGUUGAAAUCUCCUACUAUUAUUGUGUGAUGUGCAAUGUGUGCUUUGAGUUUUAGUAAGGUGUCUUUUAUGUAUGUGGGUGCCCUUGUAUUUGGAGCAUAGAUAUUUAGGAUUGAGAGUUCAUCUUGGUGGAUUUUUCCUUUGAUGAAUAUAAAGUGUCCUUCCUUAUCUUUUUUGAUGACUUUUGGUUGAAAAUCAAUUCUAUUCGAUAUUAAAAUGACUACCCCAGCUUUCUUCUUCUGACCAUUUACUUGGAAAGUUGUUUUCCAGCCUUUCACUCUGAGGUAGUGUCUGUCUUUUUCUCUGAGGUGUGUUUCCUGUAGGCAGCAGAAUGCAGGGUCCUCAUUGCGCAUCCAGUUUGUUAUUCUUUUGUCUUUUUAUUGGGGAAUUGAGUCCAUUGAUGUUGAGAGAUAUUAAGGAAUAGCGAUUUUUGCUUCUUGUUAUAUUCAUAUUUGGAUGUGAGGUUAUGUUUGUGUGGUUUUCUUCUCUUUGUUUUGUUGCCAAGAUGUUUAGUUUCUUACUUUUUCUAGGGUGUAGCUUGCCUCCUUAUGUUGGGCUUUACCAUUUAUUAUACUUUGUAGGACUGGAUUUGUAGAAAGAUUCUUUGUAAAUUUGGUUUUAUCAUGGACUAUCUUGGUUUUUCCAUCUAUGUUAAUUGAGAGUUUUGCUGGAUACAGUAAGCUGGGCUGGAAUUUGUGUUCUCUUAGGGACUGUAUGACAUCUGUUCAGGAUCUCUGGCUUUCAUAGUCUCUAGUGAGAAAUCUGGUGUGAUUCUGAUAGGUCUGCCUUUAUAUGUUACUUGACCUUUUUCCCUUCCUGCUUUUAAUAUUCUUUCUUUAUUUUGUGCAUUUGGUGUUUUGACUAUUAUGUGAAAGGAGGAGUUUCUUUUCUGGUCCAAUCUAUUUGGAGUUCUGUAGGAUUCUUGUACGUUUAUGGGCAUCUCUUUCUUUUGGUUAGGGAAGUUUUCUUCUAUGAUUUUGUUGAAGAUAUUUACUGGUCCUUUGAGCUGGGAGUCUUCACUCUCUUCUAUACCUAUUAUCCUUAGGUUUGAUCUUCUCAUUGAGUCCUGGAUUUCAUGUAUGUUUUGGACCAGUAGCUUUUUCCGCUUUACAUUAUCUUUGACUGUUGAGUCAAUGAUUUCUAUGGAAUCUUCUGCUCCUGAGAUUCUCUCUUCUAUCUCUUGUAUUCUGUUGGUGAAGCUUGUAUCUAUGGCUCCUUGUCUCUUCUUUUGGUUUUCUAUAUGCAGGGUUGUCUCCCUUUGUGCUUUCUUUAUUCCUUCUAUUUCCAUUUUUAAUUCCUUCAACUGUUUGAUUGUGUUUCCUGGAAUUCUUUCAGGGAUUUUUGUGAUUCCUCUCUAUAGGCUUAUAUUUGUUUAUGUUUUCCUGCAUUUCUCUAAGGGAGUUCUUUAUGUCUUUCUGAAGUCCUCCAUCAUCCUGGUCAAAUGUGAUUUAAAAUCAAGAUCUUGCUUUUCUGGUGUGUUUGGAUAUUCAGUGUUUGCUUUGGUGGGAGAAUUGGGCUCCGAUGAUGCCAUGUAGUCUGGGUUUCUGUUGCUUGCGUUCCUGGGCUUGCCUCUCGCCUUCAGGUUGUCUCUGGUGUUCUUGUUCUGCUAUUUCUGACAGUGGCUAGACCGUCCUAUAGGCCUGUAUGUCAGGAGUGCUGUAGACCUGUUUUCCUGUCUCCUUUCAGCCAGUUAUGGGAACAGAGUGUUCUGCUUUCAGGCGUGUAGUCUUUCCUGUCUACAGGUGUUCAGGUGUUCCUGUGGGUGUGUGUCCUGAGUCCACCACGCAGGUCACUUGCAGCAGAAAAGUUGUUCUUACCUCUGGUCCCGGGGCUGAAGUUGCUCCUGGGGUGCUGCUUUUCAGCUCUCUGUGAGGGAGACAACCAGAAGGGCCUGCCCCGCCUUUUCCUGGGUCCCUGUGCACCCUGGUGUUAGGUGUUUUCCUCUGGAGUCAGAAAUGUGGGCAGAGUGUAGUCUCUUCUGGCUUCUGAGGCAUGUCUGCCCCUGUGAAGGUUUAGCUCUCCUUCCCAUGGGAUUUCGGUGCAGGGAGCUGUUGACCAGGUCCCUUCAGAUCCGGGCGGUGUCCGGACUGUAGGGGACCUGCCGCUUGAGUGCCCCUAUCUUACUGUUUCCAGAGCCCCUAUACAGUUUCCUCUUGGGCCAGGGAUGUGGGCAGGGGUGGGCAGUAUUGGUGGUCUCUCCUGCUCUGCAGUCUCAGGAGUGCCCACCUUUCUGGGCAGUAAGCUCUCUCUCCCAAGGUGUUUGGGAGCAGGGAGCUGUGGGCCGGGAUCAGAGAGUUUAGGACUCCAGCUAAAAUCCAUAAGGAUCUGGUCCCAGAGGAAUUUUGCCUUUGUGUGUCCUGAGUCCACCAGGCAGGUCACUUGGAGCAGAAAAGUUGGUCUUACCUGUAGUCCCGUCACUGAAGUUGCUCCUGCGGGGCUGCGUUUGAGCUCUCCAUGAGGGCGGCCGCUCUAAGUUUUUAAGAAACGUUUUAGGAAAUAAGGUUGCCAGACAAGAUGUAGAAUUCCCAGUUAAUCUGGAGUUUCAGAUAAACAAUAAUUUAAAAACUGAUUCUUUCAAUAUUUGAUAGAGUUGUUAGAUAUGUGUACAUGAAACACUGUUUUAUACUUACCUGAAACUUAGACACCCAGGCACUUGUUACUUUUAUUUGGAAUAUCUAAUAAUCUGUUAAAUACAAAUGCUUUGUGAAGGCACAGUGAUCAGACUCCAAGAUCUGCUCUGGAUUGUUGAGAGUUGCCAUAGUUACUUGGCUGUGGUAAAUAAAGGACCCAUUGAAGUGUUUCCUAGAGUACAGGGAUGGGGAGACACAAGUAAUUGGUAGAGAUCUUACUUCAUGAGAUUGCAAAGGCAAAAAGAGGAGUAGGCUGGAAAGGGAGACAUCUAACUACUGAAACAUCUGGUAUGCAACAGACUAGAGGAACCCUGUUUUGUGUAUUUAAGAAAAAAGAAUGGGGUGUUAUCUCCCUGAGGGAUCCUACAGUCUGCUGUAUCAAGUAUGAACAAGGCAGGACUGCUUUGUGUUUUAUUCCCACCAUACACAGUGGAUCCUAUGUUCUGACUCCUGUUUAUAUGUGGUUGUGAAAGCAUUACAGAAUGCCUAACAGUAAACAGGGCUAAGAAUGUGAGGUCAUAGUAACAUGACCUCACAGGGAGUCGGGUCCUUGGAAGGCUGGGUAGAUGAGUGGAACUGGAGUUAAAGUGAAGAACAGGAAGAAGGAGGAGGCUCUGUAAGAUGUGUGGGCCAGGAAUGCCCUAGCAGUUGUCAUGGGCCUAAUAUUGUGCCGCCUCCAUUGCUGUAGUGGCUAUUGCUUUGAUAAGGGGAAACCAACACGACUAGAUGGUAAUUCUGAAAUGGGGAGCACUGAAAUUCUGGAAAAGGAGACCACAGAGAAUCUUAGCAAUGGCACUAACAGCAAUGUGGAAGCAGCUAAAAGAUUGGCCAAACGCUUGUAUCAUCUAGACAGAUUCAAAAGAUCGGACGUUGCAAAACAUCUAGGCAAAAACAACGAAUUUAGCAAGCUAGUUGCAGAAGAGUAUCUGAAGUUUUUUGAUUUCACAGGGAUGACGCUGGAUCAGUCUCUCAGGUAUUUUUUAAAAGCAUUUUCUCUUGUCGGAGAAACCCAGGAACGUGAGCGAAUAUUAAUACACUUCUCCAAUAGAUAUUUUUCUUGUAAUCCAGACACUAUCACCUCAAAAGAUGGAGUUCAUUGCCUCACCUGUGCGCUGAUGCUCCUCAACACGGAUCUGCACGGCCACAAUAUUGGAAAGAAGAUGACCUGCCAGGAGUUCAUUACAAAUCUUCAAGGGGUAAAUGAAGGCGGAGAUUUCUCCAAGGAUCUUCUAAAAGCUCUGUACAACUCCAUCAAGAACGAGAAGCUUGAAUGGGCAGCAGAUGAUGAAGAGAAAAAGAAAUCUCCCUCAGAAGGUACUGAUGAGAAGGCUAAUGGAACACACCCAAAGACUAUCAGUCGUAUUGGGAGUACAACUAACCCAUUUUUGGACAUUCCUCAUGACCCAAAUGCUGCUGUAUACAAAAGUGGAUUUUUGGCUCGCAAAAUCCAUGCAGAUAUGGAUGGAAAGAAGACUCCAAGAGGAAAGCGGGGAUGGAAGACAUUUUAUGCUGUCCUGAAGGGAACAGUUCUUUACUUACAAAAGGAUGAGUAUAAGCCCGAGAAGUCUCUGUCCGAUGAAGACUUGAAGAAUGCAGUCAGUGUGCACCAUGCUCUAGCAUCCAAGGCCACCGAGUAUGAGAAGAAGCCGAAUGUGUUUAAACUCAAGACUGCAGACUGGAGGGUCCUGCUUUUCCAAACCCAGAGUCCAGAGGAAAUGCAGGGAUGGAUAAACAAAAUCAACUGUGUGGCAGCUGUAUUUUCUGCACCACCUUUCCCUGCAGCCAUUGGCUCUCAGAAGAAGUUCAGCCGCCCACUUCUGCCAGCCACCACAACAAAAUUAUCCCAGGAGGAACAGCUGAAGUCCCACGAAAGCAAGCUGAAGCAGAUCACCACUGAGCUGGCUGAACAUCGCUCAUAUCCCCCAGACAAGAAGGUCAAAGCCAAGGAUGUUGAUGAAUACAAGCUUAAAGAUCACUAUCUCGACUUUGAGAAAACCCGUUAUGAAAUUUAUGUCAGCAUUCUGAAAGAAGGAGGCAAGGACCUCCUCAGUACCGAGGGAAAUGAGCCAGUGGGACUGAAGAAGUCACACUCAAGUCCUUCCCUGAACCCAGAUGCAUCUCCAGUCACUGCCAAGGUCAAGCGCAACGUCUCAGAGAGAAAGGACCACCGACCUGAAACCCCGGGCAUUAAGCAAAAAGUUACUUAGAAUCCAUCUGCGGCCAGGAAGUGCUGGUCAUGGAGCAAAAUAGGGUUUUUCAAGAUCUUUCUGGUAAUCCGUGAAUAUAUUUAAAAAAAAACAGUCUGUGACUAAACGGUGCAUUAGUAACCUUUCUAUUGUAUAUUUUUGUUAGUUUCUGUACAGAUGUCUUUGCUCUUGAGUUCCUUGCUUUGAUGAUUUGGGCAACUUUAUAACUAAUGCACCUUUUGUGAGAAGGAGAGGGCUACGGAUGCUUUCUCCUUCUGCUUCCUCUUAUUUGCACUUCUGCACAAUUAUUUUAUGUGUUCCCAAUCAACUGUUGUACUUUUUUUUUUAGGUUUAAAUUUUUAAUCCAUCAUGAAACACGUAACUGGACAAGCAUUGUGCUUUAGUAAAUCCUAGACUUUACAUGUGAAAUCCUGCCCAGUCACGGAGGUGAAAUUGAAAGUUCAUGGUUGCUCACAUAAAAAUGGCAGUGCUGGGAGUCAAGGUGUCCCAGGGUGGGACACUUCUGCAUUCAUCCUGGCACCUGCUGUUGGUGCUGGACACAGGACAAAGGGAGCAUGAGGAUGAUAGGACUGGAGACCUUAGGGAGCACAGGAGUUUGACUCUGCUGUGCAUUCCAUUCAGCCAUGCGAGGGAAUUCAGAAGUGGAGUCAUCUCGCCUGAAGGGAGGCUGAGGAUGGAUUGAUACCAAGCCACUUCUGUUGUCUAAAGGCUGGUGUGUCGGUAAUCAGCUCUUGGGGAGCUGCAGCAGUAGGAUGUAUGGUCUGCUAUAGAAAUGGUACCUCACUCCCAUGGGAUCUAGACUAGGAAUCAAAAUCAUCUCUGUGGUCGAUACCUUUCCACCCAGGAAUAGAUUCAUUUUUAGAUAGAUGUGCAGGCAUAGAUCAUGUCCUGGUUGAAACAAAACACUGUUGAAAAUGAAUACCACCCCCACCCCUUUUUUCCUUUUUCAUAUCAAGACCAAUAAGGAGCAACACAGCUGCGGUCGUUCAUCGGGGUCAGUGGCCGUCAGAGUGAACGUGAAGUCAGUCUGAGCACAGGGACUGAGGCUGGAGGGAGGUGAUGAUGUCUGUGCAGCUCCUUGGCUUCUCCUCACCUCCAGGUCUACAGCCGUCUUGCUGGGUUGCUGUGAAGAUGCGCCUGGAAUUAUUUGUAUACAUUUAGUCUUAUUUUUCCCUGUAUUCAAAAUGGUUUCCCCUUGCAGGCAAAGCAGUCCCUUUAAAAUUUGAAGUAGUUAAGUAGAAUAUUGUCUGUAGAGGAAGAGAAAGUCAUAAAAGAUGAGCUUCCUCUGUGGCCGAAAACUCUCUAGUUUCCAGCCUUGAAACUGUAUUCUCUAAAACUACUCUCUUCCCACCAAAAUAUCUUCCAAACUAACAGGAUAACGUUUAAAUAUCCUUUAUCCUCCUUAAAUAUUUUCUCUAUUUCUUCUUGGUUAGUUGAAGGUACUAUGACCAGAGAAUCAGCUGCUCUUGCAUGAAUAGCAUGAUUCUAGUAAGUUAGAGAAAGCCUGUUAAAAACUCCUGGUAGUUUCUAGCGGCAUCUCAUUAGGAAGUACUAGCAUUUAGUCACAGGACUGUAUCAGCUUGUACUUCUUUCCGCUCUGUACAUGCCCACCUUGCUUGUGCCCAAGUAACACUUCCCACCAAUACGGUAGCCGCUUGCUUCAUGGUGUUUUGCCACACUAUUGGGAAAACCUCCUUAGACUUCUGUCUUGUUUAAGUAAAGGCAGUGAUUUAAUUUAUAUUUCAGAACCAUGAGGCGAAUAUGGUAGUUAACAUUGUGGUUCCAUAUACCAGAACUGUUUCAUAGCUUCCUAGUGAAUCCAGUAUUUCCCAAGCAAGUUGCCUUUCUUCUAGAAGGUGAACUAUCGCUGUCUUCUUUUCGCCUAAGUAUUUGUAAUCCCUGAAGGGAAAGGUACCAAGACCUUUUAGUCUUGAGCAUCAUCUUUAAGCAUCAGUAGCUGAAAAACAGUUGACAUGUCUAAAUGUGUUUGUCCACAGUGUGCGUUUGUAUGUACAGAAUGUCCGUGUGUACUUAUGUAGAGUAUCUAAUGUACAUUGAAUGGUACCUUGCUGCAGAGUUUCUGACAUGGAGGAUUGUCUGGGGAAUACCCUUAGCAUUAGCCACCAUGCUCCUGUUACAGGACUCACCAGUGUUGUCUCCAGAGCUUCUGGACAUGCUUAUAGAUAAUCAGAUGACAAAGGCACUUUUAAAGCUGUGGACUGUUCUGUCUUCAUCAUUUAUCUUGAAAAAAAUAACUGAAGCAUUCUUUUGUGAGUCAGAACCCCAGCCUACCCUAGAGCAUGGCUGUCUACCUUUGGGGGAUAGGCUAAGAAUGUGUCUUCCCUGAGGCCUCUGGAAGGAUGCUGCAUUCUCUGAUCUGACGGGACUCUGGGGGUCUGGUGCAUAGCCAACCCCAUUUCUCCCACAGUAUUGAGUCCUAAGAAGUGGAAGGCGGCCCUUUGUACAGCUACUCUAACCUGUUGCCCAGUGCACGGUACAGGGAACUCUUGUCCCCCUCCUUUCCAUGGUACUUCAUCCGGCCCCACCUCUACAUACUGUCACCCCUACCUCAGUGCCCUGGAGUCUUGGAAUUCCUCUCCAUAUGAUAAAGCAUUAUCUAUCUUACAAUAAUACCUUAAAUGAUUCUUAGUAUUGAAAAUACCAACAAGUCAUGAAAAGACUUUGAUGAUAGCCUUGUUGAAAAACUGACCAUUGAAGUACCCUUGUAUAAAAUCUGUGUAUAUCUUGGGCUUCACCCCUACCUCACAUGCUGGCUUCUAAAACGAUUUAACAGGAACACAGUUUUAAAAAUUCUACUCACAGUCCUUGUUUUAUUGGUAUAUCAUUAGCAUUUUUGAAAACAUACUUCCAAAAAUAUGUAUAAUUUAAUCUAACUCUGAGCAAUGUCUAAUGAAGUCAACUGUUACUUAUAUGUAUCUCCAUUAUUCCCAAUGAAACCGGCAUGUGGGAGAGUCCUCUGGUAGAGACAGUUUAUAGGUUGUAUGUAACUUUUUAGAGUUGCUCUUAGAUGGACCCAUUUUUCUCAUGCAGCGAUCGUGUGACAUGUCUAAGCUGCUCUGUGCUCCUCUGGUGUUUUCUUUUCCCUCAUCCUGAAGGUAAGAACUAUUUCCAAGGCAGAUGUAAUGUGAGGGAAUUGGUUGUAGGAGAGGAAGACCUUCUGGGUUAGGUUAUACUGUGGGUUAGUUUGAGUUAUAAUCUACUUGGAAAUCAAGAGCAGGAAGGCACACCAGUUCUUCCUCACCUACUUCCCCUUUCUGUAUGAAAAGCAAGGAUGAAGGGUCAUGCCCUGAAAUAAGGAAGGCCCAUCUAGAGAUACUCAUCAUCUGCCCCUUUGAUUAAAAGUCGAUUUCCAAUUGUCUUCCUGUAUAAGAGAGAACUUAGAGGAAGUUAGCUAUACAUGGAGUUUUAAUUCUUUGACAAUUUUUUUUUCUGUUAGUCAUCAGUUAAACCAAGCUUGACAUCAAGUUUCUUGCUUCUGAACAUCUAAAUUUUUGUGGUUUAGCUCUUUUGGAUACAAGAUUUUUUUCAAGUCAGCAGCCUCCUUCCUGGUUUUAGUAGAAAGUGAUACCAUUGUAGUUCCGAUAGCAGGGUGUUUUCCCUGUAAAGCUCACACUAGAGCCAAUGCAGAAUCGUAGCAUCAUUUAAACACAGGCUCAAGGACGAUAAUGCAUCACGGGGUAUGAGGUAUAUCUGUUCUUGUUUCAGAGCAUCUGGGUCACUCAGACAGAAACAGACCAGUCAGUUUUGUAGGCAGAGGCCAGGCUGCUGGUGAAUCAGCAGAAGCCUCGCCACCCAUUUGUCAUCUGCUAUCAUCACGCCAUCCAGAGGACUGUGUCAACCCACAUAAACUAACCCCUGACGUAUUCCAGGGGUCCUUUGUCACUGCGCUUCCUUCCAGACUCCUUUUCCAUCCUUCAUACUUAACAGGACUGAUAUCUGAGGUCAUUCUCCUUCUGCAUCGAUAGUAGCCAUUUUCUCGCACUUGGCUCAUUGCACGCGGAGGAAAUGUCAGCAAAUACUUGAAUCUGCAUGGCAGUUUGCUAACUGUAUGCAAGAGUAAGGAGCAAGGAAUCCAGCGAGUUACUGUACAUACAGUAGGCUUCCUUAGGUCUGUGGGCACUUCCUUUGUAAUGUAUAUGUAUAUCUGUUGUAGGGGGAAAUACUUGUACAGAAAGUAUGGCGUAUGUCAGAGGAAAUGCUUUCUGUCACCAGUGUUGUAUUUGUGAUAUUUAUAGUUGUAUGUAUGUAUGUGCAUCAAUGUAUAGAUUGUGUAUCGGUAUAUGGUAUAUAUAUAUGUGUAUGUUGAAAUUAUUUUUGUCCUUUAACAACCAGUAUAAUAUGAAAAGAAAGUUUAAAAACCUCAUAGGAAUGAUUAUAUAGUACAGUUGUUGAGAGUUCAUAUAGUGGUAUCAUUUUAUUAAACUUAAAUUCAAAUGAUAUUUUGAUUAAAUUUUUUUAGUAAGACUUUACACUAGAAAGUUCCAUCUUUAAGCUUUGAAUUACCAGGGCAAAAGUGACUUUAAGCUAAGCUUGUGACUCUAUUGAAGUGUACAGUGUGCAAUGUACUCAUGAUGAUUUGGGAAAUACAGAGGUUGAGGGGAAAGGCAGCCUGUGCAGUCUUAGCAACUUUAGUAUUAAGAGCACUUAACGAUAAAGCAGAGCUCAUAACUUAGGGCUGAUUACAAACAGUGACGCUUUCGAGCUCACGUUCUUUAUUGUUGUAAUUAGUCCAGAAAAACACAUAGCUUUCUGAAGAACUCAGUAAGUACCCAGUGUAUCCUUUAUGUACUGGUGUAUAUUUUAGCGUAGAUCACUCUCCUGGUGCCACCUCUUUACCCUCUUUGAUAUAAAAAGAAUAUCACAGAUACUGAAGUCUAUCAGGGCAUCCCAAGAUCGGGUACUGUAUUCCAGGUUCGCAAUUGCACAAAUUAACAGCUAGUAUUUUAGGUAAAAGGACUAUAGGAACAGGUUAGACCUUAUUUAAUAUUUUUAUACUUCGGUCUCUUUUUCCUGACUCUCCCCAAAGAAGAGCCGCUGGCCUUAGUUGUUUAACGUUCUUGCUUAUAUUAUAAAGUGUAAAUAGUAACUAAAGUUUUAUUAACCAGCAUGUUGGGUAUAUUUAAAGCAGCGACUGAGUGUGUUGGAGUGUGUGAUUGGGCGCAGUGUCCGUUUGAACACACUGCCUCAUGUCUUCACGUCUGAGUCAGAGAACCGGAAGUGUGAGGUCUGCGAUGCGGCUUCAGCCCCAGGCUCCAGGCCUGCAUUGGCAGUUACACCUGAGUUCAGUUUUUAUUAAUCCUUGGUCUCAAACGAUUUUUUAUAAAUUAUAUUUCCCAAUUUUGGUUUUAUGUGUGGUGGGCUGGCUCUGUGGAUAAUCAGCAGGGCUUCUGCAAGAAUAGUUCCUUCUAAGAAUUACUUGGGAUUUGCAGAAAAUGCCACUGAUUUAGAAGCUGAGUAGUAGAAUUAAGGUGUAUUUGAGGUCAUAGCUACUUGAAAAGUUUGAAUUUUAAUAUGAAGCCAUGGAAGUUGUAAAGCCAAGCAAUCAUUUGACAUGAAUAAUAAUAUUCACAUUAGAGAGUAUAUAUGCACAUUGAAUUUUUAUGUUGUUAGGAUACUUUUUAAGCUUUAGAAAUAAGAGUGUUAGACCAAAUUAAAGUGAAGGGGUGAGCUGGCUGUUUUCCACUUGGGGUAGUCAUGUAUUAUUAAAUCUUCUCCUAGGAGAGCCAAAACUGAUUAACUGUUCCCUUAGGUGUUUAAGGAGAAAAUCAAUAGGCCUAGAAUUCUCACACACACACACACACACACACACACACACACACACACACACACACGAGAAAGAGAGAGAGAGAGAGAGAGAGAGAGAGAGAGAGAGAGAGAGUUUUAAGCUAUACAAAAGUAUGACAUUAAGACAUUGAUCUUGAAGUGAUGACUGGAGGCAGUAGAAACUGUAUCAUAGAUGUGUUCCAAGAACCAGGGGAAAUGAUCGAGUGCCAGUGUCUGACUCUGAGAGGGGGCAGGGACAGAUGCUGUGUCCUUCUACUGGAUACCAACUUGAAGACAUUCCUGUGGCCCACAGGCAGUGACUCCAGAAUCCCCCACUAGGGCUCUGCAGAUCAUUCCUUCCAGAAUAGAGUGUAAAGGGAGAAGCCAUAUUACCUUCAGAGCCCAAGGUGUGGUUUCCUGCCCUGGCUUCUCAGCUAUAGGUGACAGAGAUUGCACUGGAGUAUGCUAAACAGCUAAGCACUUGUCCACAGACCAGGAUCUAAAGGAUGAAAAUGGGCGGGAACCCAGAUAUAAUGCACUUUUGUAGGGGAGAGUUCAGCUCUAACUGGUAGUAGUGUGAAAGUAAGCACCUUGACUUCAAUUUGGAAAGCACUGGUAAAUGGAGAGAACUUUGGAGUUUCCCUAUCAUCUAUAUCAGUCUUUGAACACACCCUCAAGUCCCAGCCUCAAGGCUCAAUAAAGGACCACAUAGCAGGUCUGAGGCUCACUGCUCUCAGCCCUUAACACAGGGCAGUGGAGAGCAGGGUGAUCUUCCCUCUCUGGAGCUUCUCCUUGGCCUUCUUCUCCACUUGGGCUUCUGCUCAGCAGCAGAUAUAUUCUGGGUUCCAUAAGGAAUCCAGCUGUCCCAGUGGCUUGACCCUGUCAAGGCAAGAUAUCAACUCUGAGGAUGACCCAGUCAUGGAGGAAGAGAGUGUGACAAGAUCCGCAGUUUGAAGCAAAACUGUGUUUGGUCUUUUCAAGAAACAAAUGGGCACAUUGAGUUCUGUUCAGUGUCAGAGGAUAUCUUUCCCUUUGCUCCCAGAUUUCCAGAAAUGGAUAAUGUUUUCAUUUCUGUGGGAAGGGUCAAGAAACAUAAAAUUGCUCAACAAUGCUUGCUUCCCUUGAGGGUUGUUGAGCAAAGGCCGAUAUGCCUCCCUGCAUUCUCUUCUACCUCAAGAUUUUGGAAUUCAAUUCUGGAACAGAAAUUUAUUUACACAAGAACCCUUGUUGUCAGCCUUGGUUACUGUGGGAGUUACAUAAGGGUGACAGUCUGUAUCUUCUAAGAUAAACAGGAACUGGGCUUUGGCGGCCUAUUGACCAGUUUAUAUCUAAAUAUAAACUGUGGCUCCAAAUGAUUGGCAAUAACAUUCCUUUACCUUCAAAGUUUUCUCCAUCAGUCAUUUCUGUGGCAGCACAGUUCCAAUGUCAUAUGCCCCUGCAAAUUGUGAAAGUAAUUAGUGACAAAAUAACCCUCCCCCCUUUCAGUGGCCAAACUGUCAGCUGUAGCAGAGCUGCGAAAGCGAGUACUACACUAUGUACGGAAAGCCUGUUCCUUAUCACGGACUAGACUCAAGAAAUGCCAUCUCCGAACGGUGGCAUUCAAGGUGGUAGUCGUUUGAAUGGAACAGUCAUCUAUGUGGACAUUGUUAAAGUGUUUUAAAGAAUAUUUUGAAAAUUAAGUUUACAUUUUACAACUGCUUUAUUUUUAUUGAAACAAUUGUAUAUAAAUAUUACCCUCUUUCACUGUUAAUUAAAGUAAACCUAGACCUUGUAGACAAGUGGGUCAACUGAUAUGUAUAGAAGCUGUGAUGUAGACAAUACCUUUCUCUUGUGUAAAUGGUCAUAAAUAUAGCUGUUCCUGUGUUUUUAUAAGUUGAGGGUAUUUUGUUGUUUUAUAACAACAAAAUUUAUUGCAUUUGAAAUGGUUUUUAUGUAAUAGAAUCAUGCAAACAGUGAAGGAUUAUAACAUGGUAUAUGUAAAUGUAUAAACUUUAGAAAGAAAUAAAUACAACAAAUUUCAA